CUCCUGGAGAGUCCUUUCUCCUGCCUCCCUGGGAGUCUGACAUUUUAUGCCUUCAUCAGCCAUUAUGACUGUUGGAUUUUUUUUCUACUAGAAGUCCAGAACUUUGAUAGCUGUAUUUCCUCUUUUUGACUUUUAUUUUAAAUUACAUUUUUGGAGCACGCCUGCAGAAAAAAAAAAUUGUAAUUUCGAUCUUUCGAUUUUUUUUUUAAGUGUUGGUUUCUGCACAUGGAUGCCUUGAAAAUACACCCCAACCCUGUGUGUGUUGAGAGGACUGUGACAUUAUCUCCUGUGGAGAGAUCCCCUUGUUUUUUUUGCCCGUGUCUGUGUUUUGACUCUCACAAUAGUUAGGCCCACAUGGGUUCCAGACACUGACAAGAGGACCACUAAAAUAAGGGAAGCUUACCGUUGAAUUAUAAACACACUAACCCCAGUACAGCCACGUUCUGGAUAUUACUGAAGACGAGAUUGAGAAAUGGGUUUCUUUCUUUUUUUUUUUUUUUUGCAACAAGACUCCCAAGAGGGAAUUUCCUCUGAAAUUAAAUGUAUAAACCAACUCUGCUGAGUAAAUUUAAUCUGAAAUGGAUGCCAAUAUGUUGCAUACAUACGGAAUCUGAUCUUGGAAUAUGUGAAACAUUCUGUUUAAUUCAUUAAGCUUUUCAUCAGGCGUUUCCCCUUGCAAACUCUUUCAUCUGGGUUUUGUUGAAACAGCUUAUUCCCUGGGCUAUUGGUGGCAAACCUUUUGAAACUGGAAGAUAAAGACCACAGGGCUGCCAAGCAAAGCAGCAUGGAACCUCACCUUUAGGAUGGAUGCUCACUUCAUCUAUGAAUCGACUCUGCUUCAGUUUUAUCGAAGGAAUAUGUUUUCCAAACCAUGCUGUGCAAGUGGAAAGGAAGAGCCUCAUUCAAAGGCAGAUGGCAGAUUGACGAUUUUACUCCUGUCAAUGUUCCCUUGAUUGAGACUCGUCAACGUGAAAGAGAGCUGUUAAGUUGUGUUAAGUGAAGCUGACUACAGUGGCCCCAGACAGGAGUAAACCAUUUGAACUUCCAUGCUUUUGCCUCAUUCAAGUUAUACCACCUUGGAUAAAACCCAGACAAUGAAUUUGUCUGAUACAACGGCGGACCCAGUGCUUGCAGGAAAUGGCAGCCUUGGCAAUGUUUUUUCUGGUGCCACGAACCACUCCUGUCCCUUAGGAUGGGGGCUGAAAGGAAGCUUAGAAGCUUGCAUCCUGGAGACUGCUGUCGUCGUACUUCUGACAGUGCUCAUUAUUGCUGGUAACUUGACUGUAAUCUUUGUGUUCCACUGUGCCCCGCUACUGCAUCACUACACCACCAGCUACUUCAUCCAGACUAUGGCCUAUGCUGACCUUCUGGUAGGUCUCAGCUGCCUGGUACCCACCUUGUCUUUGCUCCACUACCCAGCAAGUGUCCAGGAACCCAUCACAUGUCAGGUGUUCAGCUAUGUCAUCUCAGUUCUCAAAAGUGUUUCAAUGGCUUGUUUGGCCUGUAUCAGUGUGGACCGCUAUCUGGCUAUAACUAAACCACUAUCCUAUAACCAACUGGUAACACCAUGCCGGCUACGGGGCUGCAUCACCCUCAUAUGGGUUUACUCUAGCCUUGUCUUUUUGCCCUCUUUCUUUGGAUGGGGCAAGCCAGGGUAUCAUGGGGAUAUUUUUGAGUGGUGUGCACAUUCGUGGCCCACUUCUGCCCUCUUUACAGGCUUUGUGGUGUGCUUACUGUAUGCUCCUGCUGCCCUUGUGGUCUGUUUUACCUACUAUCACAUAUUCCGCAUUUGCCAGCAGCACAACAGGGAGAUCAGUGAACGACGGGCGCGUUUUCCUAGCCAAGAGAUGGAAACUGUUGAAGGAGGGGCUGAUGGGCAGCAGGGAGGACAUGGACCAGAUCGGCGUUACGCGAUGGUGCUCUUCCGCAUCACCAGUGUUUUUUAUAUGCUCUGGCUGCCCUACAUCAUCUACUUUGUGUUAGAGAGCUCCCAUGUCCUGGAUAGCCCUGCUCUCUCCUUCAUCACCACUUGGUUAGCAAUCAGCAACAGUUUUUGCAACUGUGUCAUCUACAGCUUGUCCAAUAGCGUCUUCCGCUUAGGCAUGCGUCGGCUCUCACAGACAAUUUGCUCUUUCAGCCACUGUGCCGCUGAUGACCGGGACUUUGGGAAGCCAAAACCAAGAAAAAGGGCAAACUCAUGCUCCAUCUGAAUACAUGCGUUUUAACUUAUUAAGACAUACUGCUUUGUGAUGACACCUGUGUUAUUCCCAUGGACACAGUCCACAAUGAUUUAAAUUUUGAGAAAACAUUGUUAUUUAUUUGUUUAAAAAUGUUGUUUUAAUCAUAGUCACCUUGUUAAUGUGUUAGAACUACAAUACAGUGGUGCCAUGGUUCCCCUGCCUAUUUAAAAAAAAUACAUUAAUGCCAGAAUAACAUUUUUUGAGGGAGUUGAAUGAAAAAGAUAAUCUGACAAAAUGUCUGCUGAAAAACAUGUUUCACGGUCAAUUGCUAUUGAUUAAACAUUGUUGACAUGCAUGAUGCAGUUUGCGAACGUGAAAAAUGCUUUCUGCUGAGACUGUUAAUAUACUGUAUGGGUAAUUGAAAAUGAUUACUAGUUGUACUGUAAUCCUCAAUUACUGCACUUUUUAGGACUGUUAACUUUUUCAGUAAACUACUAUUGAAAUUCUUAAUUUGUUUUCUCUGUGGGAGAAAAACAAGCUUAGCUGUAAAAUGUUAUUUUAAAAUUAUUUUGGUAUAUUUAUUGUCCCUUUGCCCAUCAUAUUGAAUUAUUGAAACAGCAAAUUACAUUUUUUAUAUUUCAUUAGGGUUAUAUAUAACUGCCUAUUACCCUUUAAAAACAUGUUUACUCUUUACUCUUUUGCAACUCAAUGUUUUUCUACAUCUAACUUAAAGACAUUAGCAAAAAUGUUUCACUUCUUGUUUUGUUGAGGAGACUACCAUACAAAGAUUUACUGGAAAAAAGAUAUUUGAUAGCAUGCUACUGUCUGUAUAUGAUUAUAAAUAUCUUAAAAAACAUUUAAUAAUGCUGUCUUGGUAAUUUGAUGAAUAACAUCAUGUUGUUUUGUUUAAUUUUGGUUUAUUGUCACGACUACGUUUGACAACACAGCAUCGAAGUUUGUAUCAGUUUUGAGAAAUGUGGUCAUGUCGGCAUUUGAACAGUGUAGUAAUUGUCCCUCAGAGACAAACUAUAUGGCACAGCAAUAUUUCAAAAUGAUCCACCACCUUGCUUUGCACAUCCAUUGGUAUUGUUAGCACCACCAGCUGGUUGUUGCCAAGUAGUGAAAUCCGUGCAGGCCUUUGUUACAGCUGUAACUAGUUGCUGUGUUUUUUUUAAAUCCAAACUAAUUUGAAUUCCCUGACUCCUACCUUGUAGGUUUCAUCACCUACGACUAACCACUCUUCAAGUAAACUUUAGUGCAAUUCGUCAUCAAAUGACUAAAGGAAGAGUUUGUGGAAGAAAAGACAUACUUUGUCAUAGUUUUUUUUGCUACAGUUCUUUUUAUUAUUCAAAAGAGCACACAGAGAACAAUUUAAACGUAAAGUUAUUUCACGGUAAAAUGCUCUCUGUUGGUUUAGCUGGGUUGGUUAUUUGGUUAAGGUGUCUUGCAUAAAUCAGUCAGGUAAAAUGUCUUGCUAUUAUAGUGACUUUGACUUUCCUCUUAAACGUUUUUUUUUUUUUUUAAAGUCUGGUUAAGAAUGACCAGAUCGUGCCGGAUAAUUACACACCGAUGUCUCCACUAAACUUUACUCUCUGUUCAAAACUAUGACAUUAUUGCCAACAGACUGGUUAUCCAUAGUUAUUUAGAUGAUCCUUGCAGGCCAACAGUGAAAUUCUUGUCAAGGUUUUUUUUUUCUGGUGAUUUCUUUUGAUCAAAAUGGGUUAGACUGUCUGACGUCAACAUUGUAUCUGUAAGAUAAUGACGGUAGUCUAGGUUCUGUGAAUUCCCUUCAACACUAUAUCCAAAAAUGUGGCUAGUAUAAGAAAUAACAAUAGGUUAACACAGAAUAGCUGUGUCAAAAGCUAGAGAUCUGUUCUAUUGAUAGAAUGCUCUGUUAACAGGAAUUAGUACUGUGGAGUAGAUGCAAUUUAUGGGGCCUGACUUUGUGUAACGAUAUGGUAAAAAAUACAACAGUAGUCCUAAAAUUGAUAGCAUGGUUGUUACCAUGUAAUGUGCAUUUUUUAACGUGAUUGUCCAAGUGAAUUUUACAGUAUUUGGUCAAAAAUUGCAGAAUUUAUUAUUGUUUUGGCGUGAUUUUUAAACAAUCAUGUAAAUUUGUAUGUUGGCUUCAUGUUUUAAACCUCCGAGGGCCAUCACAUGCAUAAAGUAGAGUUAUUUAAAUCGGUGUCUGUAUUCCAAAAACCUAACUGAAGUGGUAGGAUUUUACACUAACUUGUUAAAACAAAAUGUUUUAAUUUCAAGUGCAGUAAAAAAAAAUGGAUGAGUUUAAUGAAAUUACUGUAUAUGUAAGUCUUUACACAAUAUGCUGUAUACUGUAAAGUGGGUGUGUUUCAAACCUGUUGUACAAAAAAGUAUAAUGUACCUAUUGUGUUAAAUUAAUCGGUUUCUGAUGUUUUGACUAUAGAGGGCCGUGUAUUGAUAGCACAAUAUCUAUUUUUUUAUUUUCUGAAAUUUUGACAACGGUUUUGUUGUUGCCAACCAAAUAAAGGUGACAAUAACAAGAACUUCACAUGUGAUAUUUCUCUGCUCAGAUUCAUAUUUGUUAAGAUAAAUGUACGUACGUAUGUAGAUAUAGUGUCAGUGUAUUACUCAAGUAUAUGUACACUUUUAGAGAUGCUGUACCACAGAUGCAUAUUUAAAAGCAACAACCUGUUUUGCAUCUAGGAAUCUUUGUUUUGUUGGAGUACCUUUUUGUCAUUUUGUUCAUCUUUUUGUGACUGUAAGAAUUAAGGGCCUGAUUUACUAAGUUCCGAACACCAUGCGCUAAACAGUAUGUGCAGUCUAUAAAAUUGCAUGUACUAUUAGUGGGCGUGUUGCGUGUGAUCUAUUAACACUGGGUUUACAAUUUAAAGGUGGUGCAAACCGCCUUAUUUAAAGCAGGUUUUUGCAUGUACUAUGCGGAGACGCUGCGUGUACCCGUACCCUUUGCUGUGUUUUCAAACAUGCAGGAGACAUCUACCACUUUUUAUGGUCAUUUUAGACACAGUCUUUCUCCAUUUUUUUCGGCAUUGAAGGUGCGCCCCUCGGAGAGAAGCUGCACUUACUGUGCUCAAUACGUAAAAAAAAGGCUUACUUCAAGAAGUUUUUUUCAGGUAGGAGAUAUGUUAAUAUUAUAUAUUAUAAAUGAAAAACAAAUGUCUUAAAAAAAAAACUCAUCAAUAAAAUUAAUUUUAAUCAGCACCUUAAGUCACCCAAUAUUCAGUUAUGAAAUUUUAAAAGGAUGUUGCUGCGAAACGGUGAUGCGUGUUGAUAAAUUACAUUGUGCGUGCUAUAUGAUAUAUUUGCAUCUUCUCCUCCCAGUAUUGUGGGCAUUUUGACGAUGAACAUAUAGAAUUGCAUAAUUAAGACAGAGAGGCAAAAUGGAUUGCACGCCUUAAUCUGCUCAUUAAACAGGUGCAAUACACUUUGCGCACGUUUAGUGCUAAGAAGUUUGCACCUGUUUGAGUACAUGCAAACCUUUAACAAAUCAGGCCCUAAGUUGGUUAAACAGUAGGGUCUUAGUUAAUCUUUUGAAGCAUGAAGAUUAGGAAAGUAAAAUCAUACAAAGAGAUGGUCCUUGAUCUCUUGUCCUUUCUGCAAUUUUUUAACUUUUUAAAU